AUGGCGAAUAGGGUAAGUGAGAAGCUAAAAGAUGGGAAAAAAGAUGCAGGUAAUGAUGAUGAAAGGCUGGCAAGAAGAAGGAUAAACAACCGAGCCCUGUUGGAUGCAGAAACGCCAGAGGAAAAGCAGUGUCGGUUAGAAAAGCAAAGGGCUGCGUACAAGAGAAGUAUUGAGGUAAGUACAAGCGAUGAAAGAGGAAAACAGAAAGAAAAAAGACGACAAAAAUCUCAUCAGGAAACCCCGAAACAAAAGGAAUGUCGUUUAGCGAAACGCAGGGCCGCUUAUAAACGCAGGACCGAAGCAAAUACUAGCGAAGAAAUUGAGACGAAAAGAGGAAAAGAACGGCAACAUUUACAACAACAAACGCCAGAGCAAAGAGAAAGUCGUUUGGCAAAACGACGAGAUGCCUAUAAACGGAGUAGUGAAGCAAGUACAAGCGAGGAAAUUGAGAUGCAAAGAGGGAAAGAACGGCAACUUUUACAACAACAAACGCCAGAGCAAAGAGAAAGUCCUUUGGCAAAGCGUAGGGCUGCUUAUAAACGGAGAAAGGAAGCAAGUACAAGUGAAGCAAGUGAGAUGCUAAGGAAAGAAAAAAGAGCAAACGCAAGAGAGAGAAGGCAACGUGAAAGUGUCCAAAAACGAGCAGAAAGACUUGAAAAUAUGAGGAAACAUGCGAAAAAAUCAUACGAGACAAGGUCGAAACCUCAGGAGGUACAGUCAGAAAACAAUCGGGUAAGAAUGUGUGACGAAGAAAGUACAAAUGCUGUAAGUAGCUGUAGUUCAGACCAAUAUUUGCCUGAAGGUGGUUGGCAAAAUGUUGACAACCCCUUGCAUGAGCAGGAGUUUGUUCAGAAUGAAAUGCACAGUUUUCAUUUAGAUCAAGAGCAUUUAGAGCAUCGGCAGUGUACAAUUUGUAAAGAGGCCUGGCCAACAAGGCAAAACUUGGCAGCAGAUCCCUUUGUUUGUUACCGGUGCAAAAGAGACAAGAAGUCCCCAAAGAAUUUCAGUGCUGGCAAUGACAUGGACCCAGGUAUUGUUCCUGAGCAAUUGAGAGGUUUGACACAGGUAGAGGAAAUGCUGAUUUCAAGGGUUUGCCCCAUCAUGCAAGUCUACAGAAAACAUGGUGGGCAAAGGGGCUAUAAAGGCCAUGUACUAAACUUACCACAGGAUAUUCAAAGUUUCUUGAAUAGGUUGCCUGCACAAGUAGCUGACUUGCCUGUUAUGAUUGUGCGUAGACAGGGUGCUGAUGAAACACAUAAAGAUUUUACAGUUCGUCGACACAGAGUGCUGGAAGCUAUUUUGUGGUUGAAAACAAACAAUCCAUUUUUCAAAGACAUUGAGAUUGACAGGGAUGUUAUCCAAAGCCUACCAGAGAAUGGUAUCCCUAAAGAGCUAAGGUAUGUUAUUGAUGACAAUGAACUUUCAGUUCAUGUUGAAAAUGAGGGCCCCCCGCAAGAACCUGUAAUGAGUGCUAAUGCGACAGUUGAAGAAUUAGUUUUAGGAAAUGGCAGUACAUCAUUUAUUCCUAUGCGUCAAAGACAAAGAAAGGAUGGUGCAGCUAUCCAAGAUGCAGUAAAUGAGGUUGACCCUUUGGACUGGCCAUCUACAGAAGGUAAUGCUGUUAAUGAAUUUAAAACAGAUGGUUUGGCAAGCAUGGCAUUUCCAACACUAUUUCCAUAUGGGAGAAGUGACCCAACAAACAGAGUCAGGCAACAUGAGGUAAGUUUGGCAGAGGCAUUCAAACACCUAAUGAAGUUUGCAGAGAGGCUACCAAAUGGUAAGUUUGAAUGGAGGUUUGCCUCUCAUCCUCGGUUCCCAUACUGGGCACUGAAUAUGAAGCAGAGACAUCAGUUGUUGUCACAAGCUAACAUUUACUUGCGGCAACAUCCAGCGGAUGCAAACAUGACUAUGGAGGAGCUGAAGACAAUGGUGAACUCGAUGAGUGCAAAUCAAAUGGUAAAUCGUUUGCAACGAUAUGUUUCAAAAAUUCAAGGAACAAAUCAGUAUUGGUAUCAGCGACUGCAAGAACUAUUAGCCCUGAUUGAACAAAAAGGUUGCCCUACCUUUUUUUUUACUUUUAGUGCAGCUGAUAGCCAUUGGCCAGACUUGCAAAGACUGUUGCAAAGUAAUGAAGGUGCAUCAAGAACAGAAAGAGCACAAGCAGUGAUAGACAAUCCACACCUGACGGAUUGGUUCUUCAUGCAAAGGCUACAGGAGUUUAUCAAACAUUGGCUUCAAGGAGUCUUGGAUGCUGAAUGGUUUUGCAGUGCUUGA